UUUUAACCAGGAAAAUUUCUGUCCGUUUCAUUGACAUAUACCCUGAAUUAUUUUAAUUUUAUUUAAUUAAAUUAGCUUUUUUUUUGUAUUAAUUUUAUUAAUGUUUUUAAUAUUAUUAUGAUGUCAUAAACUGCAGUCCGGAAGUCCAGUAAGGAACUGGAAUUCAAAAUCCCUUUGCGGGACGCCGUUUACUACUGUCAUCGAGAUGCAGCAACCGGAGAACGUCCAUAUGGAAACCCUGAUCAAAUUGGUGGAGAACCUCAGCAACGGCGACCCUGGAUUGUCCAUUGAACGGAAAGACGCCGUGAAAGUGUGGAUCGCUGCCCGAUAUCUGCAAUUCGACACAGCCGAGAAAAUGGCCAACCAGAUUUUGGACCGACUGAUACAGCGACCGGAGCACGUCUACCGUCUGUGGCGUCUGGCUCGUCGGGAUGGACUGUCGGACCUGGAGAAAGUGACCUUUACACAAAUUCUGCAGAGAAUGCCACGAGGAGUCUGUUUCGCCGAUUCGGAGCACUUUCUCCAGUGCAGCGUGGACGAGGUUACGGCCCUGCUCACCCAUGAUGGAUAUGUUCCAGAUUGUGAGCCUACUGUAUAUCAGGCGGUACUGCGCUGGUACAUGCACGACACCAUCGAACGCACACAACAUCUGCAUCCUCUGCUGGACGCAUGUGUCGUGUGGGAUCAGAUAGACAUCGAUACGCUGAUCAUAUCCACCACGGGAGAACUGCAUGAGGCACUGAUGCAGAUUCUGUCUGAUCGACUUUGCGGUCUGAUGGGUGGUGGAGCGUUGCUGAAGCGUGCCGCACCGACAGAGGCCAUCUUCUACCAUAUGCGCGACGGACAUUCGCACCAACUCCUCCACUUCGAUUUCACCCGCAACGAGCUGACUAAACUGAACACACCAGUCCAGGCGACACUGGUCGAGCAUUCGCCGACGAUUAAAGCCGAUGGGUUCGCGGUGGCCGUGGGCCGGGAGCUUAUCGUCGGCACCGAACCGAAUCAGGAAAUGAUGGCCAUGGACUGCAUCAGCGGCAGCACUCGUACUUUGAUGGUGGAAUCACUCUUCAACGAGUGCAUGUGUGUGGUUGCGGUGGGUAGCGAGAUCUACGCUGCGGGUGCCAACUGGAGCCAGCAUUCCGAAGAUUGGUUCUGUUUCAAUGUGGUCACGGGGAAACUGCUUCGAGCAUCUCAACUGCCGUUUUACACCUUCGAGAAAGAACCGCCCAAUCUCGUUCAGUUAGCCCGCAACAACGGUGCAAACGCAGUUCAGCUGAUAGAGAUGGAAAUGAUGCAGAACAUGAUCUAUGCUAAGCGUGGCAUUGCCGCACUAAUCUACCGCUAUUACCGAGCGUCGAUGGAAGCGUACCCUCUUCCUCACGGCAGGAUCGUCUUCGUGUCGGUUGGUUCGGUUGACGAGAAGCAUGCCACCAAUCCGGAAAGUAUGGUGGAAACGUACGACAUCCGCAGCAACAAAUGGACAAAGCACACCGGUUGGAAAGACGAAACCAAGUUUCAACAUCGCUGCUCGGCGAUAGUCUUCCAGGGGUACCUUUACUUUACGGGCGGUUGCGUGGAUGCUGAGGAAUCGUUCUAUUGGGAGAAGAAUGGUAACGCGGUGGCCACCUGCUACCGUGUCUCACUGAGCCACGCCCAGGCUGAACCGGAGCGCAUCGCGGACCUGAACGUGGCCCGUUACCAACACUGUGCCUUCAUCAAAGACGGCCAGAUGUGGGUGUACGGCGGAACGACCCACGUCGACGGCGACAAUCAGCGGAAACGGGCACUGAUGUCCUUCGAGAGAUACGAUGCCACAAAGAACCAGUGGACCUUAGUGGAUGUGCCGAUGACGAAGGAACUGCAAGCGGAAGUAGCUGGUGGAGAUUGCGCGCAGAAGACUGUCCAUCUGCCACAUCUUCAGCACCACAUUCCGGCGGCGUGCGUCGGUGAUGAGUAUGAGGGCAAUUAUGAGGACGACGACCAUGGUUUAAAGUAUAAGAUGACGGAUGAGUUUUGGAGGAACAAUAAUUGUUCGGAUGACGAUCAAAGCAACGAGUGGCCGACAGGUCUGGAUGACUGAUGAUCAGGUUUACAUGAUCGGUUACCGCAAUUUUAUUAUUUUAUGGACAUUUCUGGUACUGGAUUAGUCACAAUUAUGUAGAUACAAUCCGAUUCGUCAGUUUAAUACAAAAAAAUCGAUUAGUUUGUUUUCUUAUCGUAACGUUAUUGCGUGUAUCGACGCUCCAUCACGGGCCCACGGCUGAUAUGCGUAUUGUUUGGUUACCUUGUUUUGU